AUGUUUAAGCGGCGGCGUGAGGUGAAUAGACUCAGUCAGCAAGAGACGCUGGGGAGAAAGCAGGGACUGCGAGCCCCGCGGAUGCGGCAGCGCGGAGGGCGGCUGGGGAGACGCUACUCCAACUGUUGAAUUUUCACCUUUCAUUUCCACCGAUGCUUUGCUUGCGGAGAUGGAUAUAUUUGCUUUGAAAUCCGCACGUCUUUCGCAGGCUGUGAGCUGAUCGUGACAGGCACCAGACUGAGAGACCACCCGUGACAAAAAAGGAGGACCCCCCCCCCAAAAAAAACCAAAAAAGCAAAAACCUCCACAACGGACUGCACAAUUAACUACGCACACCGGUGUUGGACUUUGUGAAUAGAGAACAUUGAGAGGAAAAUCGUGAAAUAUGAUGCGGGGCUAAUCUGUGAACAGUCACUGUAAUCCAGAUUUGUUUUUCUUUUUUUCCCCCCAAGACUCUGAAAGAUUUGGGGGUUCCUUACGCCUAACAAAAAGGGAAGGUUUUUUGUCGUUGUUUUGUUUUGUUUUUGUUUUUAAAUAAAUACACCUUGCAAAACAGACGCCUUGCUAUCCAGAGCCUCGGACUCCGGCAGAAAGAGGUAGAGUAAAAGUGCUGCUGGAUUCAGCUUCACCUCCUUCCUUCCCUCCCUCCCUUUCUCUCGCUUUUUCUUUUUCUCCAAAACAUGAAUCUGGCUUUUCUUUCUGUAGAGUGAGUCAGAGAAAGCGUUAGGAAGAAGCCACAACUAAUGUCUGUGAAGGGAGGACGAUGAGGCGAGAGUGAAUACGAUUCGUUCCGCUACUUCUGACUCAUCCGGCAGAUCGGAACACCUGCAUUUCUGGAUGUGUCAUUCCCGUUUGUCGAGGCGCCUCGACAACCCGAAAUAGUGUGUAGACAGACCCGUGCCUAGUAUCCCCUGGGCGGUAGCUACCCGGGGAGGGCUCCCCUGGCUGGACCGCCGCGGCCGCAGCUCCUCGCCCGCUGCCCUCGCUAGUCGCCCAGAGAGACUGCGAGAGCGAGACUGCAGAAUGCAUCACGCCAAACCUUGAUGCGUUCCUUUCAUCCAGCCCACUCCUCCUACUAUAGAAAAAAUUGAAGAAAGAAAGAAAAAAAAGCCCGCACUUUAUUCGCUUCAAAUAUUCACCACUUUUAUUCCUCUCCAAGGUUUUCUUUUCUAGAUGAAGAGACCUGGGAGGCAGGGCCAUUGGAAGGAGAUGCUGAAUAGAAAGAAAAGAGAGGCACUUGACAGCCCAGCCCUGUGAAUGCAGAGACUGUUUUCCUUCUAGCGAGAGACAGGGAGAGUGUGUGUGCGAGGACUGGGAGGGUGGCUCCCCCUUCUUUUUUAUUCCUCCUCUCCCUUCCCCUUCAAAUCUGCACAUCCAACCAUGAGUUGCCUGUUGAUUUCCUUUCGCCUGGGAAGAAAAGCAAACUGGAAUUAAACUGCAUCGAGAGAAGUCCUUGCUUGUGGGGAGAGAAUGGGAUGGUAGCGGCGGCUACUGGCUCAGCGUAGAGAAAUUACAGAGUGUGUUCUACCAACAGAGGCGGAGAUACAUCUAUACAUUUUUUCCCCUCCCAGUAGACUCAAACCGCAAAUGCUGAUCAGGCUGUGGCUUUCUUGACUUGGGGAAGAGCCUUUUCCGAGGAAGAGAGGGAGGAGCCUCGUGGAGGGAGGAAACUACAAAUCGGGACACUAGUUCUUUGCGCUGCAUUUCCUCCCCUCCCUUUGGCUGCUCGGAAAGGAGAGAGAGAGAGAGAGGAAAAAAAUAUAUAUCCUUGGCUGGGAGAUGCAGUCUGCCGCCACCGCUGCCUCAGCCAGCAAUGCAAGAUUAGAUCUCUAAAUGCAGCAAAACACCGCCUGAAAACAGACCAACCCGCGAAGCAAGCAGAUAAUUCACAGGGCUCUGGCUAUUUUGAAGCUUCAAAUAUAUUUGACUGUCUCUUCGUUGUUCCUCAUCCCCAGCAAUUUCAUCACAAGAGAGGAGAAACAAGUAAGGAUUUCACUUUCUGAUCUGCCUAGAGACACACCUCCCCGCUCCCUCCCCCACCCGAUGUGAAGAGUAUUCCGGAGGCAAAAAGCUGGAGUGGAUUUGCAGCGCCCUAGCGGGAGCGAGGAAAACCUACGGAUUCUUUAGCUCAUUAUCAUCCUUCCCAAACGCGAUUUCCUUCUUAUCGCUUGUCUCAUCGCUCAAGUUUGAGUCGCCCGAAGUCCGGGCGGGAGAGACAAAGCUCCGGGCUCGCCCCCAGCUGCAGGGAGCCGCCGCCUUGCUCAGUGCCCCUGCAGCUCUGCUGCACCGCUGCUUCUCGCCCAGUGCGGAUGCUGUAGAUCAACAGGUUCAGGGAACUUGAGCGGAAUAAAGAGAGACCGCCGGGUGCCGCAGCCCGGGAGCGGAAGGAAGGAAGGAUCCAUAGACUUGUGGCUUGGAUCGGGGUCGCACGCUGCGCCUGGGCCCCAAGCUGGCGCGCACCCAUCCACUCGCCCCUCCAGUCCGGCUGCUCCUGACAGCACCCCACCGGUCUGGGAUGUACCUUUCCAUCUGCUGCUGUUUCCUCCUAUGGGCCCCUGCCCUGACGCUCAAAAACCUGAACUACUCCGUGCCCGAGGAGCAAGGGGCCGGCACGGUGAUCGGCAACAUCGGCAAGGAUGCUCGACUGCAGCCGGGGCUUCCGCCCGCAGAGCGAGGCGGCGGUGGCGGGCGAAGCAAGUCGGGUAGCUACCGGGUGCUGGAGAACUCGGCGCCGCACCUGCUGGACGUGGAAGCCGACAGCGGACUCCUCUACACGAAGCAGCGCAUCGACCGCGAGUCCCUGUGCCGCCACAACACCAAGUGCCAGCUGUCCCUCGAGGUGUUUGCCAACGACAAGGAGAUCUGCAUGAUCAAGGUAGAGAUCCAGGACAUCAACGACAAUGCUCCCUCCUUCCCGUCGGACCAGAUUGAGAUGGACAUCUCAGAGAACGCGGCCCCCGGCACCCGCUUCCCCCUCACCAGUGCGCAUGACCCCGACGCGGGCGAGAAUGGGCUCCGCACCUAUCUGCUUACGCGCGACGACCACGGCCUCUUCGCGCUGGACGUCAAGUCCCGCGGCGACGGCACCAAGUUCCCAGAGCUGGUUAUCCAGAAGGCCCUGGACCGCGAGCAGCAGAACCACCACACGCUCGUGCUGACCGCUCUGGAUGGCGGCGAGCCGCCGCGCUCGGCCACCGUGCAGAUCAACGUGAAGGUGAUUGACUCUAACGACAACAGCCCCGUCUUUGAGGCGCCGUCCUACCUGGUGGAGUUGCCCGAGAACGCCCCGCUGGGCACCGUGGUCAUUGAUCUGAAUGCCACCGACGCCGACGAGGGUCCCAACGGCGAAGUGCUCUACUCUUUCAGCAGCUAUGUGCCCGACCGCGUACGGGAGCUCUUCUCCAUCGACCCCAAGACCGGCCUGAUCCGUGUCAAGGGCAACCUCGACUAUGAGGAGAAUGGGAUGCUGGAGAUCGACGUGCAGGCCCGAGACCUGGGUCCCAACCCCAUCCCGGCCCACUGCAAGGUCACUGUGAAGCUCAUCGACCGCAAUGACAACGCUCCGUCCAUUGGUUUUGUCUCCGUGCGCCAGGGGGCGCUGAGCGAGGCCGCUCCGCCCGGCACCGUCAUCGCUCUGGUGCGGGUCACUGACCGAGACUCGGGCAAGAACGGGCAGCUGCAGUGCAGGGUCCUGGGCGGAGGAGGGGCGGGCGGCGGCGGCGGCCUGGGCGGGCCGGGCGGUUCCGUGCCCUUCAAACUUGAGGAGAACUACGACAACUUCUACACGGUGGUGACUGACCGCCCGUUGGACCGCGAGACACAGGACGAGUACAACGUGACAAUCGUGGCACGGGACGGGGGCUCGCCUCCACUCAACUCCACCAAGUCGUUCGCCGUCAAGAUUCUGGACGAGAAUGACAACCCGCCUCGCUUCACCAAGGGACUCUACGUGCUGCAGGUGCACGAGAACAACAUCCCAGGAGAGUACCUGGGCUCGGUGCUUGCCCAGGACCCUGACCUGGGCCAAAACGGCACAGUGUCCUACUCCAUCCUGCCCUCGCACAUCGGCGACGUGUCCAUCUACACCUAUGUGUCUGUGAACCCCACCAACGGGGCCAUCUACGCCCUGCGCUCCUUUAACUACGAGCAGACCAAGGCUUUUGAGUUCAAGGUGCUUGCUAAGGACUCCGGGGCGCCCGCGCACUUGGAGAGCAACGCCACUGUGAGGGUGACAGUGCUAGACGUGAAUGACAAUGCUCCGGUGAUCGUGCUGCCAACGUUGCAGAACGACACGGCUGAACUGCAGGUGCCGCGCAACGCCGGGCUAGGCUACCUGGUGAGCACCGUACGCGCCCUUGACAGCGACUUCGGCGAGAGCGGACGCCUCACCUACGAGAUCGUAGACGGUAACGACGACCACCUGUUUGAAAUCGAUCCAUCCAGCGGCGAGAUCCGCACGCUGCACCCUUUCUGGGAGGACGUGACGCCGGUGGUGGAGCUGGUAGUGAAGGUGACUGACCACGGCAAGCCCACUCUGUCGGCGGUGGCCAAGCUCAUCAUCCGCUCGGUGAGCGGCUCUUUGCCCGAGGGGGUUCCCCGGGUGAACGGCGAGCAGCACCACUGGGACAUGUCGCUGCCGCUCAUAGUGACUCUGAGCACUAUCUCCAUCAUCCUCCUAGCGGCCAUGAUCACUAUCGCCGUCAAGUGCAAGCGCGAGAACAAGGAGAUCCGCACUUACAACUGCCGCAUCGCAGAGUACAGCCACCCGCAGCUGGGCGGGGGCAAGGGAAAGAAAAAGAAGAUCAACAAAAAUGAUAUCAUGCUGGUACAGAGCGAGGUGGAAGAGAGGAAUGCCAUGAACGUCAUGAACGUGGUGAGCAGCCCCUCCCUGGCUACCUCCCCCAUGUACUUCGACUACCAGACCCGCCUGCCCCUCAGCUCGCCCCGGUCGGAGGUGAUGUAUCUCAAACCGUCCUCCAACAACCUGACUGUCCCUCAGGGACACGCGGGCUGCCACACCAGCUUCACCGGACAAGGGACUAAUGCGAGCGAGACCCCGGCCACUCGGAUGUCCAUAAUUCAGACAGACAAUUUUCCCGCAGAGCCCAAUUACAUGGGCAGCAGGCAGCAGUUUGUUCAAAGUAGCUCCACGUUUAAGGACCCAGAAAGAGCCAGCCUGAGAGACAGUGGGCACGGGGACAGUGAUCAGGCUGACAGUGACCAAGACACUAACAAAGGCUCCUGCUGUGACAUGUCUGUUAGGGAGGCACUCAAGAUGAAAACUACUUCAACUAAAAGCCAACCACUUGAACAAGAACCAGAAGAGUGUGUUAAUUGCACAGAUGAAUGCCGAGUGCUUGGUCAUUCUGACAGGUGUUGGAUGCCACAGUUCCCUGCAACCAAUCAGGCUGAAAACGCAGAUUACCGCACAAAUCUCUUUGUACCCACAGUUGAAGCUAAUGUUGAGACUGAGACUUACGAAACUGUGAAUCCCACUGGGAAAAAGACUUUUUGUACAUUUGGAAAAGACAAGCGAGAGCACACGAUUCUCAUUGCCAAUGUGAAACCUUAUUUAAAAGCCAAACGUGCCCUGAGCCCUCUCCUCCAAGAGGUCCCCUCAGCAUCAAGCAGCCCAACCAAGGCAUGCAUCGAGCCUUGCACCUCAACGAAAGGCUCCCUGGAUGGUUGCGAAGCAAAGCCAGGGGCUCUGGCCGAGGCGAGCAGCCAGUACUUGCCCACUGACAGUCAGUAUCUGUCCCCCAGCAAGCAACCGAGAGACCCUCCCUUCCUGGCUUCUGAGCAGAUGGCAAGGGUCUUCGCCGAUGUGCAUUCGAGAGCCAGCCGGGAUUCCAGUGAGAUGGGCGCUGUCCUGGAGCAGCUUGACCACUCUAACAGAGAUCUGGCCAGAGAGCCGGUGGAUGCAGAGGAAGUCGUGAGAGAAAUCGACAAGCUUCUGCAGGACUGCCGGGGAAAUGACCCUGUGGCUGUGAGAAAGUGAAAAAAAAAAAAAAAAAAGCAUUGGCAUUUUCUUGUCUCUUCUGUUGAUUUAAAAAUGACCCCUCCUGGUGAAAACCCCAUUUUACAGGGAUAAAGAAAGACCGAUGCUGCUUUAAGGCUUUUAGUGAACAUCUGAAGUGCCCACAAGUAUGUUCUUUUCACUGCUGUUUCUUUUUCAGAAAUAACAAUGGCUUUGUUUUGACCAAACUUAUAUUAGGACAGAAUUAACGAUGUUCAAAGAG